GAACGAGCCUGCGCCAUGCGCCGAUUCAAAUUUCGAAACUCAAAACACGUUUCGAACGUACCGCGGUUUUAAAAUUUAAAUUAAGAACGCCUUCGGACAAACUUGUGCCGGAAAAAAAAAUUAAAACAAAAAAAACUUUACAGAAAGUCGUGUAAUCUGUGACCGUGGUCGGAUAUCGUGAACAAUUUAAUUACAGGUUUUAUUGAGAUUUAUCACUUCGUUAAGUUGUUUUCUGCUCAUUGGUGUGGUGUAACGGCAUUUUCUUUUCGUUUUGGAUUUGGUGGGCGAUUUUCAGCACUUAAUUGAUAAAACUAAAUCCAUCGAGACAAAGGAACGGAUCACAGUGUACAGUGACAAUCAAAAGUGGCAUGGCGAAUUGACUGAACACAACGGAUAAUGGGAAGUUGCGAGAGUGUGUUACAAAUAAUGAUGUGAAAAAGACAAUCGCGAUGCUUCUCGCCGCGUUGCUGUGCUUCGCUCGCUUCGGGAUGUCGGCCGGCGGUGGCGAACUGACCAGCGAGGCCACGGAAACCACCGUGGAGUCGGUGGUCAACGCCACGGAGUCGUCAGAGAUGAGCCAGCCGUACUUUGACAACAGUACAAAGAGGGAUUACACGGCUGCGGUCGGCCAGCCUGCGUACAUGCACUGCCGCGUGAAGAACUUGGCUGAUCGAGCGGUAUCCUGGAUCCGCAAACGCGACCUUCACAUUCUGACAGUGGGGGUGCACACAUACAGCAGUGACGCGCGGUUCGCGGCGCUCCACACAGAUGGCUCUGACGAGUGGACGCUGCGCGUUGCGCCGGCGCAGCCACGUGACUCUGGCGGCUACGAGUGUCAAGUCUCCACUGAGCCAAAGAUCAGCUUGUCUUUUCGACUGACUGUAGUUGUAUCAAAAGCGGAGAUCCUGUCAGGACCUGAACUCUUCGUGCGGGCUGGCUCAGAUAUCAACCUGACCUGCAUAGCCCGACACGCCCCUGACCCUCCUAGCUUCAUCUACUGGUACCGCGGGCCGCACGUGGUGAACUACGCGCAGCGAGGAGGCAUCAGCGUGGAGACUGAGCAGCGUACGCGCACAAGCCGUCUGUUGAUCGCGCGCGCAUCGCCGAGGGACUCUGGGAACUAUACCUGCGCGCCUAGUAGCUCUGAUUCAGCGUCAGUAGUAGUCCACGUGGUAAGCGGCGAGCGACCAGCGGCCAUGCAGAGUCACGGCAUCAUACUAGCUGCCCCAUCACUCACAACGAUACUCCUCUCUGCCAUCCCCAUGCUCAAAGCCAGAUCUAUCCUCAACCUGCUACAUCUCCUACCUAUAGAGUUAUUUUUACCCCAAUACAUUUUCUACAAAUCAAAUUCUAUAACCAGAUGA